AUGUCCCAGUGGUACGAGCUGCAGCAGCUGGACGCCAAGUUCCUGGAGCAGGUGCACCAGCUCUACGAUGACAGCUUCCCCAUGGAGAUCCGCCAGUACCUGGCCCAGUGGCUGGAAAAGCAGGACUGGGAGCACGCUGCCAAUGACGUUUCGUUCGCCACCAUCCGUUUCCACGACCUGCUGUCGCAGCUGGACGAUCAGUACAGCCGCUUUUCCCUGGAGAACAACUUCCUGCUGCAGCACAACAUCCGGAAGAGCAAGCGCAACCUGCAGGAUAAUUUUCAGGAAGACCCAAUUCUGAUGUCAAUGAUCAUCUAUAACUGUCUGAAGGAGGAAAGAAAAAUUCUGGAAAAUGCACAGAGAUUCAAUCAGGCGCAGGCGGGGAACGUUCCAGGCACAGUGAUGCUCGACAAGCAGAAGGAGCUGGAUGCCCGCGUCAAGGAUGUGAAGGAAAAUGUGAAUUGGAUAGAGCAUGAAAUCAAGACGCUGGAAGACUUACAAGAUGAAUAUGACUUUAAAUGCAAAACCUCACAGAACAGAGAGCACGAAGCCAAUGGCGUGGCCAAGAGCGAUCAGAAACAAGAGCAGAUGUUACUGCAGAAGAUGUUCUUAAUGCUGGACAACAAGAGAAAGGAAGUCAUUCACAAAAUCAUCGAGGUGCUGAAUGCCACCGAGCUGACCCAGAAGGCCCUGAUCAACGACGAGCUGGUGGAGUGGAAGCGGAGGCAGCAGAGCGCCUGCAUCGGAGGGCCCCCCAACGCCUGCCUCGAUCAGCUGCAGAGCUGGUUCACUGUCGUCGCUGAGAGUCUGCAGCAGGUCCGCCAGCAGCUUAAAAAGCUCGAGGAGCUGGAGCAGAAGUACACCUACGACCACGACCCCAUCACCAAGAACAAGCAGGCCCUGUCGGACCGCACCUUCAGCCUCUUCCAGCAGCUCAUCCAGAGCUCCUUCGUGGUGGAGCGGCAGCCCUGCAUGCCCACGCACCCGCAGAGGCCGCUGGUCCUGAAGACGGGGGUGCAGUUCACCGUGAAGCUGAGAUUGCUGGUGAAAUUGCAAGAGCUGAAUUAUAACUUGAAAGUUAAAGUUCUGUUUGAUAAAGACGUGAACGAGAGAAACACGGUGAAAGGGUUCCGGAAGUUCAACAUCUUGGGCACACACACGAAGGUGAUGAAUAUGGAGGAGUCCACCAACGGCAGCCUGGCUGCCGAGUUCCGGCACCUGCAACUGAAGGAGCAGAAGAACGCCGGCAACAGAACCAAUGAGGGCCCCCUCAUCGUGACGGAGGAGCUGCACUCCCUCAGUUUCGAGACCCAGCUGUGCCAGCCGGGUUUGGUGAUUGACCUGGAGACGACCUCCCUGCCUGUCGUCGUGAUCUCCAACGUCAGCCAGCUCCCCAGCGGCUGGGCCUCCAUCCUGUGGUACAACAUGCUAGUGACGGAGCCCAGGAACCUGUCCUUCUUCCUGAACCCACCCUGUGCACGCUGGGCGCAGCUCUCGGAGGUGCUGAGCUGGCAGUUCUCCUCCGUCACCAAGAGAGGCCUCAACGGGGACCAGCUCACAAUGCUGGGCGAGAAGCUGCUAGGUCCUGGCGCCGGCCCCGACGGCCUCAUCCCGUGGACAAGGUUCUGCAAGGAAAAUAUAAAUGAUAAAAAUUUUCCUUUCUGGCUUUGGAUUGAAAGCAUCCUUGAACUCAUCAAAAAGCACCUGCUCUCCCUCUGGAAUGAUGGGUGCAUCGUGGGCUUCAUCAGCAAGGAGCGCGAGCGGGCACUGCUCAAGGACCAGCAGCCGGGCACCUUCCUGCUGCGCUUCAGCGAGAGCUGCCGCGAGGGCGCCAUCACCUUCACGUGGGUGGAGCGGCCGCAGAACGGAGGCGAGCCGUACUUCCAUGCGGUGGAGCCCUACACGAAGAAAGAGCUCUCUGCGGUGACAUUCCCUGAUAUCAUUCGCAACUACAAGGUCAUGGCCGCUGAGAAUAUUCCAGAGAACCCCCUCAAGUACCUGUACCCCAACAUCGACAAAGACCAUGCCUUUGGGAAGUAUUACUCCAGGCCCAAGGAAGCAGCAGAGCCCAUGGAAGUCGACGGCCCCAAAGGGACGGGAUACAUCAAGACGGAGCUGAUUUCCGUGUCUGAAGUGCACCCUUCCCGACUGCAGACCACAGACAACCUGCUCCCCAUGUCUCCGGAGGAGUUUGACGAGGUGUCCCGGAUCGUGGGCCCCGUGGAAUUCGACAGCAUGAUGAACGCUGUAUAG